AUGGCUCAAUAUACUCGUGCCUUGGCUCCUGGCGCCUUGAAGGAUAAGGUUAUUGUUCUAACUGGCGGCGCAAACGGCAUCGGCGCAGCCCUCGUCGAGUAUGCCUGCGAACAUGGCGCAUACGUCUGCUUCGGCGACCUCGCAGCUGAAGCAGGCGAAGCGAUCGCACAGAAGGUCAACGCAUCCAACUCCUCACCACCACGCGCCGUCUUCGUCCAGACAGACGUAACGAGCUACGACUCCGUCCUGAAGCUUUUCGACACCGCAAUGGACACAUACGGCCACAUCGACCACGCCGUCGCCGGUGCUGGAAUCACCGAGAUUGGGAAUCCGUUUGAUCCAGCGCUUGAUAUGGAGAGUAUUCGCCAGCCCCCCACAACCAAAGUCCUUGACGUCAACCUCAACGGAUGCAUCUACGUCGCGCGCAUCGCAUCCGUCUACCUGCGCCAAAACCGCCCCGAAGCAACAAAAGCCGACCGCUCCAUCACCCUCAUCUCCUCCGUCGCGGGCUUCAAAGAAUCCCCCGGGCUCUUCAUCUACCAAGCCUCGAAACACGGCGUGCUGGGCCUCAUGCGCUCCCUCCGCCUCUACCUCCACGGCCCCGAAGCAGCCCACGCCAUCCGCAUCAACGCGAUCUGUCCCUGGAUGACGCAGACUGGCAUGGUGCGCGGCGUGCAGGAUGCGUGGUAUGCCGCUGGGUUACCGGUUAACACGCCGCUGGACGUGGGCAAGGUAAUUGCAGCGGUUAUGGGGGAUGACGGGCUGAACGGGGCGUCGAUGUAUGUUGAGGGUGGACGGGCGUGGGAGAUUGAGAGGAAUCUGGACCGGCUUGAGCCUCAGUGGUUGGGCGAGGAGCCGGCGAGGACGCUGGCGAGGGGGCAGGCGGUUUUGGGGAGUGGGAUGGAUUGGACCAAGUAG